AUGAGACAGAAGGUGAUGCAACCAAACAAUUUUCCUUUAUUGCCAACACUGAACCGUAGAUGCCAUUUAGGUACAUACGAUCCCAACUACCAGACGUUAGCCAACGUACAAGGUGAUGUAUUUGGUGCCGAUAAGAAAAAUGCUCCAGCGGGAGGGGGUGGAGCACCACCCGAGAUUAAACCUGGAGCUGGAGGAAUGGCAGGAACGUUCGAUCCCAACUAUCAAACCCUUGCUGGAAUGAAUGCAGACGUUUUCAAAAAGUAA